CAUAAGCAAAACAAAGAUGGCGAAAGGAUUUAUUUGAGUAUGUAAACAAAAGAAACCAACUGGAUUAUAUGUAUUAAUUUUCAUCUAAAACAAAUUUCUCUCGACUCAUGGUUUAACUUAACCAAUUAGAAAUGCUCGACCUAGAAGUUGUUCCAGAAAGGUCUCUGGGAAACGAGCAAUGGGAAUUUGUGCUAGGGAUGCCCUUUUACCAGGCAGUGAACAUCCUUAGGAGACAGGAUUCAUCUAUAAAAGGUGUUCAAGUAUGGUACAGUGAUCAGUGCCCCCUUCAAAUGGAUUUAGUGCUCAAUUUAUCUCAAGAUGGGAUUAAACUAAUCUUUGAUCCUGUUUCUCAGAGAUUGAAAAUUAUUGAAGUCAACAGUAUGAACAAAGUUAAGUUGAAAUAUUGCGGAGUUCCAUUCAACACACCACAGAUUCGGCCAACCAUUGAACAAAUUGACCAGUCUUUUGGUGCAACUCACCCGGGCGUGUACAUUGCAGAAAAAAAACUUUUUGUUUUGAAUUUCCGAGGUCUUUCAUUUGAUUUCCCCAUCAAUUCCAAGUAUGAGCCAAAGUACGCCCAUGGCCUGGGUUCCUUACAGUUUCCUAAUGGCAUGUCCCCUGUUGUGGCCAGGAUGUGUAUCUAUGCUGGCAACAGCUUGACAGAUGCCAGGGCCCCUGCACUUCCUGUGACGUGUUUCUAUGGCAACUGUUUCCUGGAGUGUCUAGAGGUUCUCAGAGAUGUCAAUGUUACCUCAGGGCUGAAGUUUAUUCUGGUCACUGAAGGAAACAUACAGGGUAAACUGGUGGAUCCUAGCAAAAAAUCUGUCGUUAGAGUUGUGAGAUUUGGGGACUCUGUACAGGAUGUUGUGAGUAGCCUAGGCUGCCCCAGCCGCAAGUUUUACAAGUCUGAGGACAAGAUGAAGAUCCACCUGCCAGAUGCUCACAAGCAUGUGCGAUCUCGGAGUGCUGAUUACUUCUUUAAUUACUUCACCAUGGGUGUGGAUUUCCUGUUUGAUGCUGUCACUCACAGGGUUAAAAAGUUUGUGCUCCACACAAAUUAUCCUGGGGAUUACAACUUUAAUAUUUACUGUCGCUGUGAAUUCAAAUUGCCAAUCAACAUAGAACCAACCAAAGCCACACAAAGCCAGUCUAGCAUGCUUGAGGAGGAUCUGCUGGUUGUCACAGCUUACUCCAAGUGGGAUGAGGUCCAAAAAAUUCUGACCAGUCCGAAGCAUCGACCUGUCAUCCUCAACAGAUCAGCCUCCACCAACACCAGUAACCCUUUUGGCUCAACAUUCUGUUAUGGCGUGCAAGAUAUGAUUUUUGAGGUGAUGUCCAACCAGCAUAUAGCAUCAGUCACUUUAUAUCACUCUUCUGCUCAGAGGGACCCUGCAGCAUCUUCUUGACCUCAUCACACAAGAUUUCCAUUCUUCUUGUAAAACCAACCAGACUCAGAUGGAUUCAGUUUAUUCCAAUAAAACUAAAUAUACUAGAAUCAACUUGUUAUUAUUGUGCUAUGUGGGUUUUUUUUUAAUUUCCAAUUUAUAGAAAGAAAUUGUUUUUUUUUUAUACAGGUAUUUGUCACAGGGCAAUAUUUUUCCAUCUGACAGUGAGGAUAAAAAAAAAUUAUUGAAUUAAAGUUUUGAAUAAGUUUGUGAAUUCAAGUAGAAUCAUGGAAAUUUUCAGAGAUCUUAGAUAUGUAACUUCAUAUUUCAUAAAUGAAAGUGAUCUAUAACUGUGUCUUUUGUUGUCAAAAGAUGGUCACCGUGUAUCCUUAUAUGCUGUAAAUACGUCUUUAUUAUGCUGUAUAUGUAUCUUCAUAUGACAGCCAUUGUGAAAACUGUGUCUCUUUACAACCUGGCAAUAAUCUUACUUAGGUUCACACUACCAAGUAAUACCUGUAAUAUUUGUUAAAAUACAUUUUCUUACAAAUUUCUUCCUAACUAAAUUCUAGAAAAUUUAGUGUUUCUAAAUCAAUAAAACAACAUCUAAAAACAAGCAAAAAUGCCAAAAUGUUUAUGUAUAGAAUGUAUAGGUAAAGAGGUUGUUGAGCUAAUCAAUGACUUAAUUUGAUUUCAGCCAAGUAUGUAUUGUAAUAUAUACAUAGUACUACUAUUAACAUCAUAUUAUCUAAUCUAGGCUUAUUCUUAGCAUUAUUAACAUACUUAAUAAAUUUAUCAUACAGUUUUUAAAAACCUCAAGGCAUUAUAUUUUUCUAGGAAAGUAAACAAAUUAUCAGCAAGGCAUAAUGAUAAAUGACAACAGACUUUCAAGGUUUUAAAAUUAGGGCAUCAAUAUUGUUGUAAAUAUUGAGUACCAGAUUUGGUGAUUAAUUUAUUUAUACCUAGUCGAUUAUUAUUGGUCAGAAUAAAUUAGAGAGCAGAGCGAGUGCUUUAACUAUUGUUUCAUGAAUGAUGUCAAAAAGAAUUAGAUUUGGCUCAAAAUAAAAGGUUUAAAAUCUUUGAAAGUGUCGGUAAGGAUGCUAUAUUUAGGUUUACUUGUACCGCAGCAAAUGAAGCAUCUCAACAACAGUGCACCAUUCUACAGGUUUGAUUGUAUUGUAGCAAAUGACUUGUCUCUACAAAAGUGAAAACACAUGAUACAAAAUCAAGUAUCUGGGGCAGUUAUAUUUAUAAAUUACUUUCUUUUAAAGCCAUCGGUAAUACGAAAACAUUAAAAAUCUGGUAAUCGUAUUCUAACGAUUAAAAACAACAUAUUUGUUUUACACAAUUUUAUCAAAGGUAAUAAUUACAUUCUGAUACUAAUUCCAGUAACCAUUUUUUUUUAAUUCCUAAAUGGCCAGAAGAAAUCAGAAUCUUAUUUCAACACAGAUAUCUAAGUGUAUUUCCCUUGUUGGUCAAUUUUGUAAUUAAAAUAAUACACAAAAGAAAUUCUAAGUUGAAUUAUUUGUUGAUCAAAAAUAUUUUUCAAGUCCAACUAGAUGUAUGUUUGCCUCUUGCAGAAAACUUAAGUGCCUAUUUCUUUCUUUUUUUUUUUGAACAGUUACAAUAUUUUCAUACAAAUAAUUUCUUUUUUUUACUCUGUGUUGUUAUCACAUACAUCAAACAUGUACUGUGCAUGUCAGUAAAAAUUGACUGAGUGCUAAUUUUGAAAAGUAAACUUGUGUCCACAAUAAUUGUCAAUCAUUUGAAUGUGAUUUUGCUCUUUAACUAUGUCAUGUUAUUUUAUUACAAUUUUAACCUUUUUCUCAUUAUUAAUAGAUUCCAACUUGGAAACAUGUUUUACAGCACUUGUUAAAAAUGUAACCUUUAUAUAUUAACAAGUUAUCUGUUAUAAGUGAGAAAAGAAAAUUUAAAAGGUUUUUGAUAAACCCAAAAAACAAGAUUGCAGUGGUACUUAGAAUGGAGUAAGGCAUAAUUAAUUUAUUAGCAUUUUUAGAAAGAGUUCUUUAAUCAGCAUAAUUACAUUUGGACAAAUCGAUUUCUGAAAAAAAAAUCAGGUUCAGUAGUUUUCUUGUAAGAAUUUUGGUGUAAUUUUCUUCCCAAAAGUUUUCCCUUAUUUCCUAUCAAAAACCACAUCAUUUUAAAUCCUUUUUAAUUUAAAAAUAUUUUUUUGCUUUAGCAUUUUAAAGGUUUAAUCAUUUCUAAUACUUUUCAUAUUUGUGUGCAAACUGUAAUUUCUAAAAAAAAAUUUUUAAUAUUUUUCGUUACUCUUCUGGUAAAUGUAACAAACAAAAUCAAGGUUUCCAUUUGUCAUGGCAGCCUAUAUCUUCAUGCCUGUAUAUAUAUUAUGUUUAUAAAAAUGACUCACUUGGUACUUUGACUAAAAAAGAAAAAUUGAAAAUGUUCUUUCAACUUUGAUAUUUGUAAAUAUAUGGGAAUGUUUCCAUGUCGAAUUUUCUCUUUGACUUCAGUAUGAUAAAACAUUCAUUUUGGUUGUAUUUUUUUUAUAACAUUUCUGCUAGUCCCAGGGUCAUGACCUUUUUGUACCACCUGACAUCAUGUGACCUUGACCUCAGGUUCCAGCUUAUAGGGGCAUUCCAUGGUGAUGGCUGCUAGGUGUGAACCAGCCAAGUAUUCUCUCAUGAUCUCUCAGAUGUUUUAUUUAUUUGUUAACAUACAGUUGGUCGAGAAAUAAUAAGUCUGUUUUUUAAAUGCAGCUGAGAAGAAUAACAGUGAUAAAACAGUGUGCUGCUGCCUGUGGCUGCUUUCUAUCAUAGCACUCCAUUUAUCUGUCAGAGAAAACAGCAUACCCAUGAAUUUACAGUAUUUUUAUAGCACAUCAGAUAUGGUUUUUUUUUUUUUAUUUCAUUUUUUUUUAGUAUUUUGUUUAGAGGGAUAAUAUUUUGUUUCUCAAAAUAUCUGUUGCUUUAGGCCCAUCUAAAACAAAAGUGCUACAGAAUAAACCUAAUUCACUUGUAAUAAAGCAACUCUUUUUACCUCUAUUUAUAAAAACUAAAAUGUGCUGUUGACAUGUUCUAUGAUGUUGCACAGAAAUGACUUGACAUGCCAUUUUAGUUGAAUUUUUAAAAAAAACCUCUUCAAUUAAAUGUCUAUGAAACUCUAAAUGUUACCAGAUCUAAAUGUUACACCCCCCCCCC